UCACGUCCACUACCCCGUUCUGAUGCUCGUCGUAGGCCUGACAGGCGGGAUUGCGACCGGUAAAUCUACUGUGUCGAAUCAGCUCAAAGCGAAGGGUCUGCCAGUCGUAGACGCAGACGUCAUCGCGCGACAAGUCGUUGAACCCGGUACGCCAGGCCUCAGGCGCAUCGUCAAGUCUUUCGGGAAGGAUGUUCUUCAGGCUGAUGGAACGCUGGACCGGAAGAAGUUGGGCUCGAUCAUCUUCAACGACGAGAGCAAGCGACGCACACUCAACUCCAUCAUCCAUCCUGCUGUGAGACGAGCCAUGCUUUGGGGCGUAUUGAGAAAUUGGAUUUCUGGUGAAAAAUACUGUAUACUGGACGUACCUCUGCUCAUCGAGGGUCCCCUAUGGAAGCUGGUUGGGAUGGUGGUCGUAGUUUAUUGUCCUCCUUCCGUCCAGCUUGAACGGCUCUUGGCUAGGGACGCUUCGACGGAAGAUGAAGCUUCUGCAAGAGUCAAAUCUCAAUUAUCUAUCGAGGACAAGGCGCAAUACGCCGACACUGUCAUCGACAAUACCGGCACGUUGCAUGACCUGGAAGAGAAGGUGAACGCUCUGGUACAGGAUCUUGAGCGCAGAGCGGGUUGGAGUUGGAAGUUGAGCUGGUUGUUUCCACCGUUUGGGUUAUUCUCCGCCCUCUUGACACUCACACGACGAUACCUCACAAGACCAAUUAUCAAGCACAAGGGCGCUUGAUUCGCUUCAUCUAAUCCAAGCUCGAUGACUCGUACAUAUUCUGUUAGAACCAAGUUCAAUACUUUCCUUACCGAUGUAUGGUCACAAAAGUGCGGAAUUGAGAAUUACGGACACCAUGACCGGUCCCCGGGUAUUGGGGCAAACUCGUCAUUUCAGCGCGUCAAGCUCUGUCGUGAAUGUUGCGCCUCCUCGCAAGGCACAACGUUCAUCGACUGAGCGUCAGUGCCAUGUUGUUCCAGCACGUCAACUUAUCACGCGCACGUGCCGGGCCCAAAUCAACAAACCAGACGCGCAUCACGCUUUGCAGCAGCACUCCUUCCACUCAGUGACCACCGUUUCGCGCCACUUCAACAUGAGCUCCUCGGAGGGCGAAAACUUUGACCAUUAUGACUCCGAUGGGUCCGAGUCGGAGGGAUACGCGCCCAAGAAGACGACUAAGAAGACUGCUGCAGCGAAACCGAAGGCUGCACCGAAGGCUGCCAAGGCUGCCUCCAGCAAGGCGACAGCGAGCAAAGCAAAAGCCACCACGGCUAGCAAACCCAAGGCAGUCCCCAAGAAGAAAGUGCUUGCGGACAGCAACGAUGCAGACGGGAUGAGCGAUGCCGACGCAUCCGACGUUGAGAUGGCAGGCCCGACGACGGAGAAUGACGUACCAGCACCCCUUGCGAAGACGAAGACUACGAGUCAGAAAUACACCAAGCUCUCCCAGAUUCAACAUAUUCUAAUACGACCGGACUCGUACAUCGGGAGCGUGGAGACCUUGACGCAGCAGAUGUGGACUCACGAUGCCGAGACUGAUCGCAUGGUGUUCCGGGAAGUCACCUUCGUGCCAGGGUUCUUCAAGAUUGUGGACGAAAUUCUAGUCAAUGCUGCUGAUCACAAGAUCAAUGACCCCAAGAUGGACACGCUCAAAGUUGAGAUCGACGUCGAGGAGAAUACGAUCUCCGUUUACAACAAUGGUCACGGCAUUCCUAUCGAGAUGCAUGCCACGGAGAAAGUCUACAUUCCUGAGCUCAUCUUCGGUCACCUCCUUGCUGGAUCCAACUUUGACGACGACGAGAAGAAGCUUACAGGUGGCCGUAAUGGUUAUGGUGCCAAACUUGCCAACAUCUACUCGCAUGAGUUCACGGUGGAAACGGCGGACAAGAAGUCGGAACAGAAGUACAAGCAGGUGUGGACGGAGAAUAUGGGUAAAUGCGGCAAGGCGAAGAUCACGAAGAACGGGAAAGGAGAGGAAUGGACGAAGAUCACGUUCAAGCCUGACUUGAAGCGUUUCGGAAUGGAAGCAAUCGACGAAGAUACGCUCAGUCUCCUUCGGAAGCGAGUGUAUGAUAUGGCCGGAACCGUGAGAGAUGUGAAGGUGUUCUACAACAGCAAGCGGAUCUCCAAGGUCAAGAACUUCAAGUCUUAUGUCGAGCUCUAUCUGUCGUCCGCUGCUGCGGCCACCUCAGAUGCGACCGGCGUUGCUGCUCCCAAGACGGAGAUGAUUUUCGAGCGCAUCAGUAAUCGGUGGGAGGUCGCCUUUGCCGUCUCGGAUGGGACUUUCCAGCAGGUUUCCUUCGCCAACUCUAUCUCGACCUCCAAGGGCGGAACUCACGUGAACCUCAUCGCGGACCAGAUUUCGAAGAAUCUGCUGGCGAUGAUCGGGAAGAAGAACAAAGGCGCAGCGGUCAAGGCUGGUCAAAUCAAGAACCACAUGUGGAUCUUCGUCAAUGCGCUCAUCGAGAAUCCGACGUUCGACAGUCAAACCAAGGAUACGCUGACACUGCAGUCGUCCAAGUUCGGUACGAAACCGUCGUUGUCAGAUGAGUUCAUGAAGAAAGUUCAAAAGUCCUCGAUCAUCGAAAGCAUCCUCAACUGGGCCCAGUUCAAAGCCGACCAACAGAUCAAGAAGACGGAUGGGACGAAACGCAGCCGGCUCACGGGUCUCCCUAAGCUCUCGGAUGCAAACAACGCUGGAACAAAGCACGCGAAAGACUGCACUCUUAUUCUGACCGAAGGGGACUCUGCCAAGUCGCUCGCUAUCGCGGGGCUGAGUGUCGUUGGACGAGAUAACUUUGGUGUCUUCCCGCUCCGGGGAAAGUUACUCAAUGUGCGGGAGGCGGCGCAUGCGCAGAUCAUGAAGAACGAAGAAAUCCAGAAUAUCAAGAAGAUCUUGGGGCUGCAGCAUGGCAAGGAAUAUCAGGAUGUGUCCAGUCUGCGUUACGGACGGCUCAUGAUUAUGGCCGACCAAGACCACGAUGGGUCGCAUAUCAAGGGUCUGCUCAUCAACUUUUUGGACACCUUCUACCCGUCGCUUCUGAAGCUCGACGACUUUCUCGUCGAGUUCGUGACUCCCAUCGUCCGAGUCAAGAAGGGGAAGCAGUGGAAAGACUUUUUCACCUUGCCUGAAUAUUAUCAGUGGCUUGAAGACACCCCGGACGCGACGAAAUGGGAUCCCAAGUACUACAAGGGUCUCGGAACUAGCACAGAUCAGGAUGCCCGCGACUACUUCAGCCACAUGGAGAAGCAUAUGAUUCCAUUCGCACCGACGCAGGAUGGCGACCGAGCAUUGAUCGACCUCGCAUUCAGCAAAAAGAAGACAGACGAUCGUAAGGAAUGGCUCCGACAGUUCAAGCCGGGAACUUACCUCGAUCACCGCAUGGAGGAAAUUCCUUACUCGGAGUUCAUCAACAAGGAGCUAAUUCUCUUCUCUAUGGCCGACAACGUGCGAUCUAUCCCUUCCGUCGCCGACGGUCUGAAGCCGGGUCAACGGAAAGUGAUUUGGGCGUGUUUCAAGCGAAACUUGAAGAAGGAAGUCAAGGUCGCGCAGCUCGUCGGGUACAUCGGCGAGCACGCCGCCUACCAUCACGGCGAGAUCUCUUUGGCCCAGACCAUCAUCAAUCUUGCCCAGACGUUCGUCGGUAGCAACAACAUGAAUUUGCUCGAGCCCGGAGGCCAAUUCGGUACGCGUGAGAUGGGAGGACGGGACCAUGCCUCUGCGCGUUACAUCCACACGAUGCCGACGCCCGUCGCCCGCGUGUUAUUCAAUCCGCACGACGACCCGCUGCUGAAAGCCCAAACCGACGACAACCAGGUCGUUGAGCCCGAGUGGUACUUGCCCGUCGUGCCGUUGGUGCUGAUCAAUGGUGCAGAGGGUAUCGGCACGGGAUGGAGCACGAACAUCCCCUGCUUCAACCCGUCCGACGUCGUCGCCAAUCUGCGCCGGUUGAUGAAUAGCGAGGAACUGGUGCCGAUGCAUCCGUGGUGGCGAGGGUACACCGGUGAGAUCAAAGCAACGGCAAAGCACAAGUACGAUGUGCUCGGCGUCGCCCGUAAGAUCAACAACACCUCGGUCGAGAUCACGGAGCUGCCGAUCCACAAGUGGACUUCUGCUUACAAGGUCGAGUUAGAGGCGAUGAUUGAGGCGGGGAGCAUCAAGGACUACAAGGAGCACCAUGACAACGAGAACGUGCACUUUGUCAUCUCGAUGGACGAGAAGAAGCUGGAGGCCGCUGAGGAGAAGGGUCUGCUCGAGUUUUUCAAGUUGACGGGCAAGACAACCACCUCGAACAUGAUGUGCUUCGACUUUGAGGGCCAGAUGAAGAAGUACGACUCUCCUGAGGAGAUUCUGGAGGACUUUUACCCGGUGCGGUUGGCCUAUUACCAGAAACGCAAGGACCAUCUCGCGAAUGACCUGCAAAACGUGUUCGAGAAACUCACCAACCAAGCGCGUUUCGUGCAGAUGAUUGUGGAUCGCCAAUUGAUCGUGUCGAACCGGAAGAAGGCGGACAUCGUCGUGGAUCUCAAGAAGCUCGACUUUCGGCCGUUCCCCAAGAUCAAGAAGGCCAAAGAAGCAGGGGAAAACGCCGAAGCUUUGGAGGACGAGGACGAAGAUGAGAAUGAGAAUCUCGCUGCGGGGAGCUCAAACACUUCUGAUUACGAUUACUUGCUUGGGAUGGCUAUCUACAGCUUGACCAAAGAGAAGAUCGACAAACUGCGCAAGAAUGCAGGCGAGAAGGAGGAAGAGUUGCUUACGCUGCUGAAGAUCGCACCGAAAGAGAUGUGGAACAAGGAUCUGGAUAGCUUCCUGGUGGAAUGGGAGUCGUUCCAGCGCUUGAUGGAGGAGGGCCGGUUCACCGAUGCCAAGGGGCGGAAGAUCAAGAAGAAGCAGACUGUUCUCCGGACUCGCAAGUCGAUCGGUGGCAAGCGCGGCGGUGGAUCAGACUCCGAGGACGACUUUAGGCCGACCAAGGCGGUUGUGAAGAGGAAGGCUUCCGAGUCCAAGGCGGCUCCGAAGAAACGCGCGCCGACGAAGAUGGAAGUCGACGAAGAUGAGCCCAAGCCCAAGCCCAAGCCCAAAGGCAAGGCUGCCAUGGCGAAGGAGACGAUGAAGGUCGAGGACUCGGACGACGAGCCACCGAAGGCCAGGGCCCGGGCGCCAGCCAAGAAGCCUCUGUAUGUCGAUGACUCGGACGAGGACGAGCCACCGAGGGCGAACCCGGCUGCGAAGCGGAAGAGCCUCGACAGCGCCGUGGACAGCGACGACGAGCCGCCGAGGAAGAAGCAGGCAGCAGUCACCGACUUCUUCGGCAAGGAGACGCGCAAGAUCUCCAAGAGCAUGAAGCCCGCCUCGCCGCCAAAGAAGAAAACCGCGCCGCCGAAGAAGGUCGUUGACAGCGACGACGAGGACGAGGACGACCUGGUCGUCGCGGCGGGUCCGUCGCGCGCCCGACCGGCUCGUGCUGCGCCGAAGAAGUAUGUUGAAAUAUCGGACGGGGAGGACGAGGGGGAUGACUCCAUGUUUGUGGAUGACGACUAGACCUGGUUAUCUUUAUUUUGCUGCUUCCCUCUGUACCACCAGUGCCAUCAUCAAUUCCUUGACUGUAU